UUUCGCUCACCGCAGCAGUUUCAUUGAGAGUUAAGCUCGCAUUUGACGAAUGUUGAAUACCCGCGAAUAUCUGACGACCAUGGGACUCAAGACGCUAGCAGUUCAUCUGAUUUUCCUCGUCAUUGCGGCUGUGAUCGUGGCCGAGGCCAAAAAAGACUUGGACCUUGCCCGACCUAAGAAGUGUGGACGCAAUGAGGAGUGGAAGGAAUGCCAGAGCAGUACCUGCGCCGAGACGACUUGCCAGAGGCCCACCACCGGACCAGCCUGCACCUACGACUGCAUCUCGUCGUGCUUCUGUCGUCAGGGCUUCUUCAGGAAUAGCCAGGGCGUCUGCGUAACCAGGAACCAGUGCCCAUAAGCUUCCGGAAGCCAGGGACUUCAGAGAACGAACACAUGCCUCCUCCUCUAAACGUUGACCCUGGGAUGAACACUGGUGUGCUUAAAUAGUGUUUAUUCUGAAGGUUCACCUACAUUUUCCUGGAACUCCUCGUGCUUGUUCUAUACGGCUUAUGACCCAAAAGAGGCGAGUUUGAUCCCCGCCACGGCGUUCGCAUUUCGAUGGAGCCGGGAUGCUAGAGACACGUGCUCUGUGCAAUGUCAGUGCACGUUAGAGAACCAUAGGUGGCCUACAGUACACGGGGCCGUCCACUGCGGCCUCUAUGUCGCUUCAAGACGUUAAGCCCCAUAAAGCAACCAGCCAUCAUACUUGUGCUGUAGUGUACAUCGGCUUCGAUUCUGUUCGAGAGCUAUUGGUUCGGGACAUAUUCAUUAAAAUAUUCACAUCAAUAAUGAAAUAAAGACCUACUGUUUCGUAAAACUGUGGUUUACUUUGAUUAGCUUCAAAAGCCUUUGCCAAAAUUCCAGUCACAAUAGUCGAAACUCAUUCAGAAAACGCAGAUUGCAAGACAGACACGGCCGACUUCCUUGGUUCCGGCCUCCUUCUACGCUGCAAUUAACAAAAGCGUUGUGCCAGCAUGCCCGAGCAGCUACGAUAUUGAAUUCGACUGCCUUGGCCGUGAUGUCCUAAAAACGGAUGAAAGGCAAUCGCGGUGUUUGUUCAAAUUACCGAGAAAUGACCUGGAAAUUCGGGGUGGAGCGCAAGCAUAGCCGCUCUAUCACGAUGUGACAUCUGCGUCUCUCUGCAAAAACAACAAUAUUUAAACUGACGGACUUGUUUGAGCUCAUGGUUAUGCCAUGCAGACUGAACAGAAACAAUCAUCAUCAUGAUCGGCCGCUACCUUCCAGCGCGUUGCUCGGCCGGCGCGCCCUCUUCGUCCCUAUCUUCAACUUCUUAAGACCGUGCUAAUUAGGAUUAUUUGUAAAUGAGGACCUCGCUAAGUAAGGUCAUACAACUCAACACCACUCUAAUUAGGACGCGCUAUUUAAGACAUUGUUAAUUAAUGUAUUGCUAAUUAGGAACUAUAUAAUUAAAGUCAUAACAACUAGGUCCUUGCUAAUAAAGGACAUGCUCAUUAAGACCGAGCUAAUUAGGUACAUACUAAGUAAUCGUUCACCCGGCGUAGCCACCACGACACUUCGCCAAGCAAUAUACCUCUAGUUCUAAGCUUCCCAUAGCCAAGCCUUGCAGUGCCUAGUCAAACCUAGCUGUCACCUAAUUCGAGGUUUUAGAUGGCGACAGAAGCUAGGUCGACCACAAGCUGCGCUGUUAGUCCAGCCUUGCACCACUAGUGCAAGUUGGUCACAUUUUUUUUUCUCUUAUGAAUACGGGGAAACGCUCCCUUUGCCUGCGUGUCGUGAUGAACAGUUGAAAGACGAACUAGUUGGGCCUUAUUCAAAUGGGUUCGUUCUUUCUUGUUCUUAAUAGUGCGCACAAUGUGAGCAUUAUUUCAGCUUGCCAGCUUAUUCUGAGGUCCAGACAAUCUUUGGCAACCACAUAAUUAGCGGUCAAAGGUUAGACUUCUGAGCUGUCACUCACAAAAUCUGUUCUAUUUUGCAAUCUGUUGUUCGGCGUUUAUUUGUGCCAUGAGGUGCUGUAUUUGGGUUUCCGGAAGAUAUAACGAGGCGGAGACAAAUUUCUUGAUUCUUUUCUCGUAGGCUGUUUUAUUGACGCAAACACUAUAUUAUUUUCCACAUCAACAUUCACACUACCUGUUUUGUGUUGUAUUUUCCGUCACAUGACUCGCCAUGCUGCCUUAUUAAAUCCUGUGUUGUUGUAUUUACCUGAAUACAUGCCUCGUAUUAAUAAACGUAUUCUUGUAGGUGUAUAUGCGGAUCCUUACACAUGGUAUGUGUCAUUGCUGGCGAUUUGCAUUAGUCUCAUAUGUACACUAACAACCAUAAAGUAAAAUAACAAUAAAAUUCAUUUGUUGCAAGAAACGUAAUGUGUAAUGUUCAUUUGCUCGGCGUUGCCAUAGAAUUGUCUGUCUGACUGUAAUGAAAUAAAAUUAAAUCGAUGAA